CACAUUAUGGUGUACGGAAGAUCCCUCUUGGUCUUCUUCUGCAUCGUUUUUGCUAUUGGUGUGCAACUGACAAGAUCUCAGCACUGGUCCUACGGCUGGUAUCCUGGAGGGAAGCGAGAAAUUGCGCUCCCUGGAAACCUUGAGGACUCUGAAGAGACCAAACUUUGCGAUGGACAAGGCUGCCCGUACACGAAGGCUGCUAGUGAUAAUGUGGUGAAACACUUACUGGCUGGGAUCCUGACUGGACAACUUCAGAAAAAGAAAUGAAAAAAAAAAAAAAGAACCCCUUUCUUGAGGAAGAUGGGCGACCUAGGAACAUAAACUAUAAAUA